UAUUCUCAAUCGACUGCCCUCGGUUUACGGUAUCUAACCGCGUUAGAAAGUGAUUCUUCUCCGUACUUUGCCAUAUUUGAAUGUUAAUGAUAUUUAAUUAAUGCAGAGUCACGGGUAAGUGGUUGAAAGGGAGACGAGCUGGGGCUGGCAUUCAACUGGAGAAAGAACUUUCCUCGGGAGUGCGAGUACACAGACGUCUGCUAGAUUCAAUCAUUAGUAUCGCGCGAGUUUAUGAGACCAGUGAAAGCCUGCGGAGGUCCUCUUGUCGAUGUCACUGGGACUUUUGCACGAAAAGUAACAAAAGAAAGAGGUUUUACAUCUUGGAAGCGUUUGGCAUGGAGUUAUGAAGUGCGCGUUCUGGUCCUAGAGCGUUGAAAGAUGAUGCGUGAGGAACGAGGUAGACUGCUGACUCAAGACGAGACAGCUUUUAGACAGUAAGCGUCCAGCCGUUUAGGAAUUUUAGUGCUGUGUGAUAAUUAUGGUGAUGAAGGGAUCUUCAAUACUUGUUUUGGUGGCUUGCUGCCUGCACCUCGGCCGUUUUGUUCACCCAUAUCGACUCGAGAGUGCGAGGGACAUCAGAAUGUUUAACACCCUGAGGAACCGCUCUAGCCGAUUCCUCUUCGACGAGAUAUUCGGCAUCGACGUCACCGGUGGCGCUGCUGGCGACAGCGACGAGCAGAAAGUUCGAAAUUGCAGCUGUGAAUGCGGUGUGUAUCAUCAGGAAAAUCGCAUUGUCGGUGGUCAAGCGUCGGCACCACAUCGUUAUCCUUGGGUAGCCCGGCUGGUGUAUGAAGGACGAUUUCACUGCGGCGGAAGUCUCUUGACAAAUGACUAUGUUCUCACCGCUGCUCAUUGUGUCCGAAGAUUGCAACGAUCAAAAAUUCGUGUAAUACUUGGCGACCACGAUCAACUGAUCAACACGGAGGCGGUGGCGGUGAUGCGAGCUGUCAGUGCGAUAAUUCGUCAUCGAAAUUUUGACAUGAAUUCUUAUAAUCACGACGUGGCCCUCCUGAAACUCCGCAAACCCGUGAGAUUUUCAAAAACAGUAAAACCGAUCUGUCUCCCAGACGCUUCAGUGGAUCCUGCUGGUAAAGAGGGCAUUGUCGUCGGAUGGGGUCGCACCAUGGAGGGUGGAAUGUUGGCGGGUGAGGUGCACGAAGUUAGGGUACCUAUUCUCACGAUUGAUCAAUGCAAGAGGAUGAAGUACAAAGCCAGUCGCAUCACGGACAACAUGAUUUGCGCUGGAAAAGGAAGAAUGGAUUCUUGCCAAGGAGACAGUGGAGGUCCUCUGCUGGUACAGGAAGGUGACAAGUUUCAGGUUGUAGGAAUUGUGUCGUGGGGGGUCGGCUGCGGCAGACCGGGAUAUCCCGGGGUGUACACGAGGGUAACAAAAUAUCUUAACUGGAUCAACAAUAACAUGCAAGAUACUUGUUUCUUGGGUGAGAAUGUACUUGAGAAUGGACUCGCUGGAAUAUGCAGCGGUAAAGGCCGGAGAUGCCUGAGGAGACCAAAAGAAACAAUACAAGAGACAAAAUGUCUGCUGAAUUCUAAUUACAUCGGGGGAAAGAUAAUAAGGGCAACUCUUCUCUUCUCGUAUUCUCGUUUGUCGACCCCAACGCUGAACCGGUCCUUGAGCGUCGCAUCGAGGCGCCGAGUUGUCCAGCUUUACUUCACCCCCUUCCCCGCCGAAUGGCGUUACUCCUUCUCUUUCUUCUUCUUUGCUAUUACAAUGAAGUGUCGCGUGAUCAUUUUAUUUGUCACUGUAACUGUGACAGCAGGACAAAAGAUUGAAGAAAAGGGAUUGGGAGGCGAUUUAGUGAAAAACUUCUUCGGGUUGUUCGGAAAUAAGCCACCAAAUUCCGAGACACCACCGGGACCCUGUUACUGCAGCUGCGGGGUUAGAAAUGAAGAGAGUAGAAUUGUGGGUGGCCAGACAACAGCAGUAAAUGAGUAUCCCUGGAUGGUGAGAUUAUCGUAUCUCCACAAGUUCUACUGUGGUGGAUCUCUUAUCAACGAUCGUUACGUCCUGACAGCCGCCCACUGUGUCAAAGGAAUUAUUUUCAGAUUGAUGUGGUUUAUGAUUAAGGUGACAUUCGGUGAGCACGAUCGAUGUGACGAGAAGCUGCAGCCGGAGUCCCGAUUUGUCGUACGUGCAAUAACUGGUGAUUUCAAUUUCUUGGAUUACGACAAUGACAUUGCACUGUUGAGGCUGAAUGAUCGAAUCCCAUUGAGCAAUUCCAUAAGACCCAUCUGCCUUCCCUCAGUUAGAGAGAAGACGUAUGAAGGGGUCAAAGCCAUAGCCGCUGGCUGGGGCACUCUUAAAGAGGAUGGUAAGGUGUCGUGUGUCCUUCAGGGGGUUGAAGUCCCAGUGAUGUCUCAGAUUGCUUGUCGAAAUACUAGUUACAAGCCCAGUAUGAUUUCUGAUAAUAUGUUGUGUGCGGGAUAUCCUGAUGGAAAAAAGGACUCCUGUCAGGGAGAUAGUGGUGGUCCGCUGAUCGCCGAGAGGGACGACAAGAAAUACGAAGUGAUAGGCAUCAUUUCCUGGGGAAAUGGUUGUGCGAGACCGGGCUAUCCAGGCGUCUACGCUCGUCUCACUCGCUAUUUAGAUUGGGUCCUUGCGAACUCCAAGGACGGCUGUUUUUGCGAGACGUAGGGACUUUUGUGAUGCCUUUGUCACGCUCAUCGUCCCUGAUAUUGAGAUUGUUUAACACAUACUACAGUAUAUUUAUUGCCAUGUAAUAAUUUGAAUAAACUAAUCAAAUUGAUCAUUCGUAAUAAUUGUGUAGCUUUACUUGAACAGAAUAAGAUUGAUGGGAUAUAUUUUUUG